AUGUCUCAACUAUUAAAUUUAGAUUUAAAUGUUAUAAAGACAAAAUAUCAAGUUAAGCGUCAAUAUUUUAUUACUUAUCAGUCAUAUUUUUGCGUCGAGAUUAAUGCUCAUUCUCUCAUUUAUUUAGCAACACUUGUGUGUGAAGGAAAACUGCCAUUUGAAGCUCUGAAUAUUUCGUUACAGAAUUCACAAACAUGUGAAGGAAUGUUUCGAUCAGCUAGAGCAAUAUCAAGUAUUUCCUCAGCAGGUGUUAACUUUACAAUUUUACAGUUUCUUAAGCGUACUAAUAAACUAACAGCCUUACAAAAUAUCAAAAGCAGUAGUCAUGAAAAUCAUCUUCGAUUCCAGCAACAUCAUAAAUUGGCUAAAACAAAUCAAGUUGUUUCAACUCGACAAGAUAAAAAUACUCUUUCGAAAAAAUCGAUUGAAAACGCUGUUCUUAAAGCAUACAAGCAUGCUUCUAAUCUUUUCUGUAAAAUGAAUCUUAAAACUCUAUUACGGAAAGGACAAUUCAUGUCGGUUGAUGAAAUGAGUAGAAAUGUUCUAUCAUUAUUAGAUGAUUUUUGGUCAUCAGAUCUUGGCAAAAUUAAUAGUGAAACUGGAAGUAAUGAAAUCGAUUCAGAAAUUGAAGUAAAUAAUGAAGAUCAAUCGAAUGUGGUCUAUGAUAGCGAUGAAGAAUUCGAAUUAAAUGAUCAUCUUGAUGUAUCAGAUGAUAUCAAUGUGUCAUCAUAUCAAGGAAUACGGUUGUUCGACAAUAUAAAACAAGAACUAACUCAUUCAUAUUUUAAAGUUAAUGUCAACAACGAAAAUAAGUAUUUACAUAAGCAAGCAGCAUGCUGGAUUUUAGAAAAAGAUAAAACUUCAUUAUCCUCAAAUCGUUCAUCGCGUGUACAAGGUCGAUAA